AUGGCCCCCAAAACAAGGAAGGGUGGUGGUAAAAAAGCACCUGCUAUUAUUAUAGAUGGCGUAGAUACAUCGGAGAUGACAAGAGAAAAACUUGAACAGUUUACUCUUCGUGUAAAAGAAGAAUUAGACAAAGAACGGGAAGAACGAAACUACUUUCAGCUAGAAAGAGAUAAAAUACGUACCUUUUGGGCAAUAACGCGACAACAGUUGGAAGAAGCGAAAGCUGAACUGAGAAAUAGAGAACGAGCAACAGAAGAAGCACAGGAAGAGAAUGAAGCGCUUUUAGAAACAGAGAAGCAGAAGAUAAAACACUUAAAAUAUGAACAACAGGCCACUGCAGCUGCAUUGAGAGCUGAAAAUCUAGUGGCAUUAAAAGCAGCAAAAGAAGAUCAUGCAGAACAAGAGUUAGAACUUCUAAACGACAAGCGAAUGUUAAGACAAGAAAUGAGAGAGAAAAUGUUAGCAGCUCAGGAUGAAUUGAGGAGAGCUAAACUGAUACACGCAGAAGAAUUGUCUAAAACUAGAGAAGAGUUUGAAGAGAGAGCACGCCAGAUAGAAGAAAAGGCCGAAAAGAAACUUCACGAGACGAAGAUAGAGCUGACAGUGAAACAUAGAACGGAGUUAGCAGAAGUGGAAGAAAGGAAGAAUAAGCAGAUAUCGGAAUUAAUAGCUCAUCACGAACGGGCGUUCGCAGAUCUGAAAAACUAUUACAACGAUAUAACCCUAAAUAAUUUAGGUCUUAUAAACAGCGUGAAGCAAGAAAUGGAAGAAAUGCAGCGAGCUAAGGAUCGAGCGGAAAAAAUUGCAAAGGACGCUAUAGCAGAAGCUAAAAGUCUGCGUGAGCCUUUAGAAGCGACCAUCUUGGACAACAAGGAAUUGAAGCGACAGAUGUCCAACUAUGACAGGGACAAAGCUGCACUAGCUGCGAAAACUAAACAAUUGGCAUCCCUAGAAAAGCAGUUUGAAGUACUUAAAUGGGAGUAUGAAGUCCUUCAAGUCAGGUUUGAUCGCAUGCAAGCAGAAAGGGAUGAACUGAAAACCAGGUUUUCGAAGGCGGUGCUGGAAGUACAGCAGAGGGUGGCGCUGAAGACUGCUCUCAUGGAGACGAAGUUGAAGAUUUUAGAAACGAGAGAUUUGGGUCCAAAGGAGAUACAUGACUUAUUGAAAUUGAAAGACACGCAAAUCGAAGAUCUUCAGUACGAAGCCGCGCGACUACGGAAGGCGCACGAUGAUCUUCUUGCGACAUACGAAGCCAAACUGACGAAGCUUGGUAUACCACCGGAAGAAUUGGGAUUCAAGUAA